AUGAAAAAUAGUGGAGUUGUGGAAGCAUGCACAUUUUACGUGAGCAACAAGUGCCCAUUUCCCAUAUGGCCUGCCACUGCCCCGAACCAAGGCUUUCCAGUCGUAGCAAACGGUGGCUUCUAUCUUCCAUCCGGGAGACUCCGGAAAUUCCAGGCACCAGGAGAUUCGAGUGGCCGCAUCUGGGCCAGAACAGGUUGCAAUUUCGACUACUCCAACGACGGACGAGCCUGUGAAACAGGCGACUGCAACGGGCGACUCGAAUGCGCCGGGGUGAUCGGCGUUCCUCCUGUGACGCUAGUAGAGUUUACGUUGCAGGUUGACAAGAGGCAGCCGAGUUUCUACGACGUAAGUAUAGUGGAUGGCUACAACCUCCCUGUUUCAGUGACCCCAUAUCCUACAGCACCAAAAUGCUACAUCGGAGGGUGCUUCUCAGAUAUAAAAAAGGAGUGCCCUGGGGAGCUGGCGGUCCUGAAUGAGCUCGGAACUUUUUCUUAAGAGUUUGAUAUUAUCAAGCCACCAAAAAAGAAGCAAAAAACAAUCAUGUUACGCUACACUCAGUUUUCAAAAAAUAGGAAAAAAUUGGAAAAGACCUUUAAGUUAACAUAAGUUUUGAAACUUACCAGUGAAUUCAAUGCAGAGAAGAAGAAGAAUCUGGACAGCAAGUUGAGUGACAAUGUUGAACCACUUAGAUUACUCUAAAAUCCAUCAAAUGGCCAACAUUUGAUUCAAAAUAAAGCUAAUUUAUUAGUUUUAGAUAUCAAUAGAAACACAAAUGAAGCAAUUCUUUUGUUUAAAGAACCUUCUCAAGAGAUCCAAAAAACACCAUCUAGAUUUAUUGUUGCAUUUGCAAUCAACCUAAGAACCAAUUAUCCCAAGUUUCAGACAGACAUUUCAUCAAACAUUUGAUAGCCAUGCCUAUGAGAUUUCACAUAUUCACUUGAAGGCAGUGUCAUACUAAAACCAUGUUUUGAGUUAAUGAAGCAAAUAUAACAUAAGCAAUCAUUGUAAGGGAUCAUAACAUACCUGAGAUAAGUGAUAAGAAAGCAUCAAAACAGGGAGUAAUAAUACUUGAAGUAGAACUGAAUUUGUACGAGAAUUUCGGAAGAACAAACUAAGCUACCGUUGGACUAAUAAAUGAAAAAAACAAUGAACUUUGACAAUUAAAAGUAAAGCUCCAAUUUGUUUGUCAAUGGCAGGCGAAGAAGAAGAGCACAACCAUGGCUGCAAACUCAGUUGCAGUUCUGGAAUAAUAUAUACUCCAAAAUGCCAUCUGAGUUGCCUCGCCAAGAUACAGCUUAAAUCCAGUUAGUAUCAAGCCUGAAACACAACUCACGGCAACAAUAUUGUAUCAUCACAGCCGAAAAUGAGAACAAAAUAAAUUCACCUAUUUCUGAUCUUCAUCUGUUGUGAAAAUCCAACAAAAAAAUCAACACUAUAUUCGAACAAAAUUUAGAUUCAUUAAACCCUGGUAAGGAAAUAAAAAGAAGAAAAAACAAAUGUUCAAACCAAAAAGGAAAUAACAAAAAAUUGUACUUCCAUAUGAAAUAGCACAUACCGAAUCAAGAGGGAAAAAAGCCAAAACCAGAGUGAACGAAGGUUAGAAUGAGAGUGUGAUUAGAGAAAGAGACGUGCAAAUACAGAUAAAAGGUACAGGCUAAGUGAAUAGGAAUCCUACUUCUCAGCAGAACUGGAAUAAGGGAAAAAUCACAUCCAAGCAGAUAUUUGUAAUCGUAAUCAUACGGAUGAUGAAUGUUGAAUAGAAAGC